GCUACAGCUUUGCUGACAUUCUCUUACAAGUGACAGGAAAAAGGAAGCAUUUGUCAUUGUAAAUGCUGUCAAGAGAAAAAUAUUUUGCAUGCUCCCAUGUACAGCAAACUAAGCCUUAUGCUUGUUCAUUGAUUUCUGCGUCCAUUGUGUUGCACUGAAAUAAAAAAAUUGCACCUCCUGCCCAAACAAAAGGGAGGUACCCAGAUCUCAUAACGGGCCAUUUUCUUACAGAAGAACAGAUCACAGAGGGAUGCAGAGUUUAACAAGCUCUUCCCAAUACCAAACACCCACAGAAAUGCCAGAACAUUUCUCAGUGUAUUCCACAGCCCAACUCAACCAGAUCAGCUCCACAUGUACAUACAAAAAUGAGAAUCCCGGCUGUUAAAUAUGCUCUAAGAGUUCUUCAGUAAACAUCUGACACGUCUUUUUCUACCGCUUUAAGACUUUCUGCUGCUGCAAGACCAAGCUCAAUGCAACUUCCCUACGAUCAGAAGCUAUCAGCAUCAGAAGCCAUCACCGCACCACCGACGAGCUCAUCAAGUCUGUGUCAUCCCCCUGCCCACACACAGACGCCUAUUAAUACAGCCGGCAGGGUCGCCCAGAACUGCAGGAUUACUACACAGCACGUACCCAUCUGUAACUAUACACACGUCUACUACGGGGGCCCAUCGUUUUGCUUUCAACGUCAUUUUUCCGAGAACGACAAAGAUCGGUCCUUCCCGCACGACCAAAGCACCGGGGCCAACAAUGAGCUCCCUUCCCUCCACGCUCGAUGCUGCCGUGCCGAACGGGCCUCCGGGGAAGCGCGGAGCCUUCCGAGGGCGCUCAGCCCUCCGCUCCGACCUCUGCCCGAGCCCCGAGUCCCGUUCGGGGAUCCCUGCUACGAUCGCACCUCCUCCUCCAUCCUCCUUCAAGCAAACGGCGCUGAUUGCGCAUCCCACUUCCGUCACGGACUUCCCUUAAAAACCACAUUAACGCGGCUUUUAUUAUUCUCAUUACUAUUACAGCCGUCAUCUUUAUUUUCACACGCCGAGGCGGCGAUCCCCCAUCUCUCGGCCGCGCCUGUUGCAGGCUUGUGGUUGUGGGCAGGUCGAGCUGAGGAUCGCAGGGAGACGGCUGUUAGGGGUCGGAUCCACGGGAGGACCGGGCGCGGGACACGACGCAGCGCCCAGCGGGCGGGAGUGCUGUGUUCCUUCGUUGUGAGUGCGGCUCUCACGGCUCGGACACGAAUGGAGGACGUGCAUUGGAUGGGGCCCGGGGCAACCUGGUCCGGUGGGAGGCAUCCCUGUCCACAGCAGGGGGUUGGAGAUGAUCAUCUUUGAGUUAUGUCAAGGAAACAUCAAAAUAUCUUGUAUCGUGGACAAGUCAAAUGAACAUAAAGUAAGCAAACAGGUCGUGAUAGAAAGUGCAAUUGAGUGCCUGGUUAAAGCAUGUCCUGGUGCAGCAGUGGUCCUCAUGUUGCACUACCACAGUAAAGUUAUCUGAAGGAGAAGUUGGAGGAAGAGUGUUGAAGAAGGCUGCUGAGCACCUUCAGGAACUGAUAAAACUGAAGAACAGUUCUCAAACGCUUGCAGUAUAUCAUAAGAAACAUUGCUAUGGCCAGCUGAAAAUCAUAUGGCUUCAAGAAUUAGAUUCUUGAGCCUUUGAUAAGUGUUAAAGCAAAGGUAACAAGAGAAAAUGUGGUUUUGUUAGUUUAUCACAGACAGGUGAUGUGGACGAUGUUUUUCCAAGGUCUGUGUUAAGUUGAGGUUGUACAGCUUGCUGAAAAAGCUUUUGUGCAACCAUCCUUACCCUAAUUUCUCCUACAGAGAUGAGAUUAGUUUGACUGAAAAGAAUUUUUUUAAUGUUUUUCUUUCAGGCUGUGGGCACAGGAAAAUGUUUCAAAUUAGUAUCCCGCUGGCAGAAGCAGUUGCAAUGUGAAUUCCUUUCUAGCUGGCCUAGCAGCAGCCAUCAAGCAGAAACCAACUGGAAUAAAUGCUUCUGCUCCUGAGCAAGCCAGAAGCAGACCUGGGAGCAGGAAUUUGAUAAUAUUCUACACCAGCACAGAAUAAACUGCAUGAGAAUGAAAGACAAUGAGAUCAGCGAAUGAAAAGGGUUAAUAUAAUGAAUAAAGAAAAAAUGGAUCUCCUGGAAAUUUCAUAAUUCAAGCUCUUAGUUUCUUCAGAGCAAGGUGGUACUCAAAAUUAUUUGUUUUCAGGAUUUGAAUUGACUGUUAUUAUGUGCAAUUAUGGAAAUUAAUUAAUAAUGUUGUAGAUGUUGUAGAUUGUCAUUUGAGGUCAGUUAUGCCAUUGGUGGCUUUGAAAGACUGUUCUGUCCAUCAGCUAUUUGAAAAGGGGAUGCGGCCUUUUUGUUUGUUUGUUCUGUGGUGUUUUGUUUUUUUUCCCACCUCGUUGUUCAUCCAACAAACUGCACAAUUGAUUGCCAGUGGCUGCUGGAAAGCCAAGGCCUGUUUGAAAAAUUUUGAAGGCUGUGUGACUGAAGUUUGUCCUUCCACUAUUGUCUCUACCUGCUGAAUAGCAGAAGAUGCUCCUAUUGUUUACUACAUGGGUACCUGAGCCAUGCCUCCCUCUGGAAGAGCCUCUCAUCUAUACAAAACUGGGGAAUCUGAAACAGUUCCCAGCUUUGAGGAUUUUGUUUCAUGCAUUGAUUGAUAUCAAGUGGUUGCACUUUACAUUCUUUACCUGCACUAGAGGCGGUCCUCACAGAGAUACCUUCAACAGCCAAAUGCAUUCAUAACCUUUGCAGUGCUCAGAAGGACCGUAGCAGUAGUUGUGUUCGUGCUUACGUUCAUGAUACAACAUUUACUGAAGAAUAAAUUAAAUUGAUAAAGAUAGGAAAAUGAUAUUCUGGUUGAGUUACUAAACACUUUUAAUUAAGUACGGAUAUCAUGCACAAGGUAUUAAUAUUGUGACUUCAGGGAAUCAAGUUUCUUAGUCCAGAUUUCAUGAUAAUGUUAGGCUUGUAACUUCCCAGGAAGAUGAGGGGAGAGUAUGAAUUGUCUAUGUGAAGAAUGUUGCAUAUGGAAAAGUUGUGUGAGUUUGCAUACAUUGGAAGCCUGGCAUUAUAGAACAGCCUUGUUCUUCACCCUCAGCUCCAACUUUGCUUCUCUCAGUUUUUCUCAGUCAACAAUUGUCUUUGCACCAAUUACAGUGGUAAACUCAGUAGAAGAAAAAUACUCUUGUUUAAUAAAAGAUUUUAAGGCUACUGUGACCUGCUAAACAUCAA